CAUAAGAUGAAUCCAAUUAUAUUAAAUUUAUAUAAUAAUUCAAUAUAUUUUUCUCACAAUUUGUAGUCGAAGCGCAUAACUAUUUGACCAAAUACUAUUCAAAAUGAGUAAUGUUUUGUAGCAUGGAGUGAGUAUUAUAUUUCUCUCAAAAGAAGAGAGAAUAUUAUUAGGAAAAUGCUUAAGAGGCACCACAGCGUCGGCCCCUCCACCUCCAACGACGUAAUCGCCGGAAAACUCCCCAACCCUCCACCUCCAGCGACUUGUCCACACCCAUCCACCUCCAGCGCCGGCAGCCCCGGCCCAACCCUCCACCUCCAGCUCCGACAGCCACAUAAUUUGGACGAUGUCUUCGCACGGUUAAUAGUGUGUGUCCAAAUAGUUUGGAGAAGAAAUGGGAAACAAUUGUUGUCAAUUGUAUUCCGCAACAGGACUCUAGGUAUGGCAAUUGUGGAGUGAUGGUGCUUGCAUUUCUAGAGUCUUUGUUGGUUGGCUUACCAUUAAGUCCAGACUGUAGUUCUCAACACAUGGCUGAUUUCCGAUGUCAAUUUGCAGCUAGGUUAUGGUGUGGAAGGAAAACAACCAAUAUUUAGUUUUUUUACUUUACAAUUUUAGGGGUCUUUGAUUUUUGUGAAACUCUUUGUAAUUGUUUUUGUGCUUUGUAAUGUAUUUUUUGGGGAAACACUUUACAUUUUUUUGAAACCUUUGUAAUGGGGCUUUUAUCAUAAUGAAUUUCUACUUGUUAA